CCUCCUAUACAACGAGGCCAUAACGAAUAUCCUCCAUGGCUACUUCCAAUACUCACAACCCCCUCCCUGAUAUACCACCAAAUCCUCCACGUUGGGAGCCAAGCACCGACCCGGCAAACAUUCAUAUACCAGGUCUAGAUACUACUGCGUCUGUAAAUGACCAGAUCGAUCAUAUUGAGCAGUUGAUCACGAUUAAGCUGCAGAAUGCCGAUGCGAAUAUGUCACGGAUACAGCAUUUAAUGCAGACGCGGUUGUUGCCCGCGUUCAAGAGGUUUGCGGUGGGAACUGAGCCGGUUAGGGAAGCUGCCAGGUUCUGGACAUCGUUCUACGAGGAGGCAGCUCAGGUCCGGAUUCCCACAUCCGACUUCGAUCUCGAGCAACCCUCCGAGUCCCAGCCUUCUACUUCCGCCACACAACCCACUCAAGACGAAACCACCGAGACCGAAGGAGAGGAAGAAGAAGAAGUAUCAGCGGAUGUGACCGCUAAUACUACCAUCCGCACCGAACGACCAGCCCAGAAUGCGUCCUCACGUCACUUCGAUCAAACCGAACCUCCAUCGUUCACCGAACACUCCUUCGCACCAGGACAGGCCGCUAUAUCUUCCACACCAGCCACGGCACACCGACAUCGUGUGCAGAAUCCAUCUGAUACGUUCACCACCCAAUCCUCCGAACCCUCAUGGAGCGCAUCCCUCGAAUCGCCACUCGUCCGCCUGAACAGACUCCAGGAUUUCGCCUCAGACCCCCAAAUGAUCUCCCCCUCCGCCGUAUCCACUGCCGACAGUGAAUCGAAUCUAUUCGACGACGGCGAAACGAUCCACGCCGCUCGACCCACCACGCAUUCCCGCUCCCGCUCCCCGUCACCUAAUAAACGGCAGCGCAGACCCUCCGACCGAACCCUCCGCCAAGACGUCCUCCGCCGCCAAACGCUCUCCCCCCACCGCUCCCGCGGCACCAAACCCAAAACCCCCAAAGGCGCCCCUCCGAACCCAUACCUCCCCAAAGACACCGACCCUUCGAAAUGGAACGGCCUCGUCGAUCUCCGAUCCACGCCUCUCCGUACCGGCGCCACAGCGACCACUCCGCGCCGCCUCCCCCGUGCUGCUCCGCUGCCUUCGCCCGCGUUUGGUGGGGGCGAUGAUGGUGGGGAUAGUGAGGGCGGAGAAGGGGGCAGUGAUGAUGAGGACGAGUUUGGGUUACCGCCGGGCAUGAGUCCGCCGGUUACGAUGGCGUUCGCGACGAUGCCGAAGGUGGGCGGGGGACAUGUCAGUGCGUUACCGAAGUUGGGGAGGACACCGAGUAAGCAGGCGGCACAGCGGAUAGGAAGGGAUUUGAUUGGGGAUUCGGCACGUCCUGUUGGGCGGGAUGCGAGUGCGUAUGGUGGUGGAGCAGGGGCGAGCUCGAGAAUGGAGACGAGAGGACCAGGUGGAGGAAUGGUGGUGAAGAGUUCGACGGAUACGAGCUUGAGUUCGGCGACGACGCCGCCUAGUCUUAUGAAAUUCAUGAGACAGAGUGGGAUCGGGGCAUAUCCGGGUCGGGGACCGGGUAUGAAUUCGAGCGAGAGUAUGGUCAGCGGGAGUGGAAGCAGUUUUGCGGCACAUGAUUCGACGUUGGACAGUAUGAUGCGGAGGAUCGGGGUCGACGGUGGUGGUAGCGGUGGGUACGAGCUUGGAGCUUAUGCUCGUCAACGCCAGAACCAAGCUCCUUCUAUUGGGACCGUGACCGGCUUGACGUUUGGUUCAAAGGCGUCUACAGCUACAUCAUCGAGGGCUGCUGGCCACGCUCCAGUCUUUUCGGAGGAAUCGUAUCACUUCCCUCCUCCUUCGAACUCCAAUCCUGAUCUCUCACCAGCCAAUCUAGUUCCUCCAAUACCAGCGCCUGUUCUGGGCCACCUGCCGACAGCCGCUCUCACCUCGGGUCAUCACCCGCACACACCCGAUCAACAGAACUAUGGGGCUCAUUACGAGGACGACGGAGCGGACGAUGGUGGCGCGUAUAUUGCUCCUACAUCUAGACAGCAAAUGUACAGGGACGAGCCAACAGAGACAUACAACUACAACGUUCCAGCCCACGCUCAUCAGCAAAACCAGCCCAUGGACCCUCUCACGCAAUAUAAUGCCCAAGCGGCCUCCAUCGACACAGAUGAAUACGAUCGGGACCGCGUAGGCCCUGGCGUGAAUGUCGGUGACGACUCGAUGGACUCCUUGGAUGACGAUGAAGAUUCGAUCAUCAACGAUACGGCCCAUCCUUCCGCUGCGUUCCUGCUGGCCUCGCAGCAGAGGGGUGUGCAUGAUCAGGAUGAUAGUUUCGAUAGUGAGAAUUCGGCGGAUUAUUAUGAUGAGGUUGGCUCGGGAGAGGGCAUAGAGGGAGGGAGGUUUUUCAACAACGACGACGAUGAUUCGUUUGAUGAUGAUUCGUUCGAUAGGGCGGAGGAGAGAGAGGCUGCAGAGUUGCGCGCUGCCGGUGGUGGUGGCGAGAUGGUUGAUGAUGAUGGAUGGGAUGAUGAUGAUGACGAUUUCGAUGAUGACGGGGGCGGCGGGGCGACGGAGACAGUCUUCGGGGAGAGGGCGGCGAGAAGGUCGGUUGGUGGGCAGAGGGCGGAUUACAGGAUUAUGAGACCUCAGGGAGGGGAGGAGACGGAGACAAUAGGGACCGAUGGGGGGACGGGAAUGAUGAUGAUGGGGCAUGGGAGGGGUGUGCCGGAGACACCGACGCCGUGGAUGGGAUAG